GUACGAUCCAUAGGCGUCGCAUACGGUGCAUGAAAGAGAGAGAAAGAGAGAGACACUUUGUAGCGAUGAGGAUGUAGCCCAUGGCAGGGUGGCUUUUCGACGACAGAAAGAGAUAGAGAAAGAAAGAGAGAACUACACAAGUCUCGAGUCAGGGCGAUGAUGACGCGCGCGAUACAGGGAAGAGGAAUCGACCGAGGCAAGAGCAGAUUAGUCUAGAAGAAAAGGAGGGAAGAAGAGAGAUCCUCUCUUCCGGAUGUUAUCGCCGAGACUGAUAAAAACACUGCCAGGAGUAAUGACGAGCUGAAAUCGCUGCUCCGUCCGCUGUACCGUUUCUCCUUCGUCGAUUUUAGCUCUCACUUCUCGCUAACUGCCUCUCCACCUGCCUUGCCCCUUUGUAUAAGCCCUACCCUCAUCGUAUACACACGUUCACAUUAAUAUCUAUACACAUCCGCCUCUCACGUGAGAUCGAAGACUGAAAAUAAAAGGUGGCGAUAUGUUGGGCGUGAGUCAGCCGGGCAAUACGCCCUCGAGCUUACGGCACUCGGCGAGUUUCUCGUGCUUGCAACGUGGCACCGCCAGCGAAGGCCAUCGCGCGAGGACCUCGACGCUGCUGCAACAACCGAGUCUACAGCUGAGCAACGGUCAUCAUCAGUACGGCGGCCAGACGACGGCGGCGGCGGCGGCAACGCAUUCUUCCCUGCUGCAGCAUCAUCGGCAGCAACAGUCCCGCGAACCGCUUGAUCCCGUUCAAGACGGUAACGAUUACGGCUUUGUGAAGAUCCGACCGCGACUGCGUAGCACGAAUGCGACCUUGUAUCACGAAGAGGAGGUGGCGGCCGCGAAGAACGCUCUGAGGGAACAGCGCGAUGCUGCCGCGUUCAGCGAUCGCGAGUGCGAUUCCAAUUUCAGGGAUUGCUCACUGAAGGUCAAAGACCGCGACCUUUCACCGAAGGGAACGGCCAAGAAUCAGAACCCUCUCAGGGGCGCGCUAAUUCUCUUCACUUCGACAUCGUCUUGGUGGAAGGCCCGACAACGAGAGGAACAAUUUGCGGGAGAACGCGAGAAAACCAGUGGUAGCGGUGCCAUCGCUAUCGGCACGUCAUCGGUGCGCCACUGGUCCAAUAUCUCGAUGGCAUCGCCCUCGGACGAGAGAAAGUGGCCGUCCUCGAUGACGUCGCCCACGAACGAGCGGAAGUGGUCUGUAAGUAACAGCCUACUAACGUCACCGUCGAACGAGAGGAAGUGGAAUAGAUCCUCCGUCUCGUCUACAUCGACGAAUCAACAGGACCGGAAGUGGCGGUCCCUCGGCGCACUUUUGAGGACUCCCGCCAACAUUGGCGGCGGUAGUUCCCACACUAGCCAGAACUCCUUGUCGCACAAUAUGAGCGUGUCCAUGAUCGAGGGUGAGCACUUUCGCGAGGAAUCACGCGGUUCGAGCUGCAAAGGACGCUAUCAUCAGCCGACUUCCUACUCGGCGCGAGUCUCCCGAGUCAGUAGAGACGUUUAUCGAGAGAACGGAGAGUUUGGCCAGGCCGUUGGCAGAUCGAAGGUUAGCCGUAGAUUGUACCAAGACAACGAGCCGGCAAUUGAUCGAGAUCUGGACGAGAGACACGCCGCGCCACGUAGCCGUCAUCAGCUGGAUGAUCCAGAACAAUGCAGGAACAAUCGAGACGGUCGCGAUUUCUGCAGAGCCGCGGAACAGAGUACCGUGGAGACUCGCACUAUGACUUCCACCAACAGAUCGAAUCGCGCGCAGAGCUUUUAUCUGCUGGAUGAUUUUCUGCGACCGCAGCCGCAGCAGCCGAGCAACAAGUGCACAACAAAUGUAUUCGUGUCUCCAUCAUUGGCCAUUAAAUGCGGCCAACAAAUGUCGUGUGGCAUCGAGCACGGCAGAUUGUGCGAGGUCAGACAGGCGACUUGCCAACAGGCGAACGUCGGCAGCAACAUCACGCCGCCGCGACGUCACAACUCGAGUUCAGACAGCCUCGAAGUGGCCGCGAGUCCGCUGCCACCACCGGUGCCGCCGCCGCCACCGCAGGCCGUCGCUGGCAACGCGCGGAACGACCGCGAACGGAAUGAGAACCCGAAGGACACGAGUAAGGACGUGUGCCCGUGCAAACUGUGCUGGACCAAUAUGCAGAGAUCUCUCGUAGAAGAGGUGAGUAGGCGGUCCAAAGAACACGAGACACAAGAGAAGGGAAGGAGUCCUGGAACGUUGCACAAAGAUGUCGGCGGCGCUGGUACGAAGGUCAGCGAGAAAACGGUCGGUGGCGUCGGCACGGCGACCCUCACCACGCUCUCGUCCAUUAAUAACGCAUCCAACACCGGCCGUAACAAAAACAACCCCGUAUCUCACGAGAAAUUGCCGUCUUUCUUCAAUACCAAGCCGACGCGGGUGGAUAAAUCGGACAACAACAAUGCCAACAACUCCAACAACACGAGCAACAACAUUCAUAGUAUGCCGCUGCAUGAACCCAUCAGUGCUACUUCUCCCGAAGUAUACGCCGGGAGACUGCCAAUGACACCCCAGGAAGCGGUGAAGUAUUAUGGCUCCAGACUGACAGAAUUCGAGCGCGCCGAGAUCGAGAAGUAUUCGGAGAUCUGGUAUCUGGGCCUGUCGGCCCACAAAAUUCACGGCGAAGAGGUCUCCUCCCAGAACGGAGGCUACGACGACGAGAACGGUAGUUACAACAAGGUCCUGCACGAUCAUAUCUCCUACAGAUACGAGAUUUUGGAGGUAAUCGGCAAGGGAAGCUUCGGUCAGGUGAUUCGAGCGUUGGAUCAUAAAACGGGACAGCACAUCGCCAUCAAGAUUAUCAGGAACAAAAAGAGAUUCCAUCAUCAGGCUCUCAUCGAAGUAAGGAUCUUGGAACAUCUUAGGAAGAAGGAUCUGGAGGCGAACUCGCAACACAAUGUGAUACACAUGCUAGAAUAUUUUUACUUCAGGAAUCACCUGUGCAUCAGUUUCGAAUUAAUGAGCUUGAAUCUGUACGAGUUAAUCAAAAAGAAUAAUUAUCAAGGAUUCAGUCUGAGCCUAAUCCGCCGUUUUGCCAACUCGCUAAUUAGUUGCUUGAGACUGCUCUACCGAGAGAACAUUAUUCACUGUGAUUUGAAACCGGAGAACGUGCUGCUGAAACAACGGGGUAGCAGCUCAAUCAAAGUCAUCGAUUUCGGUUCCUCGUGUUAUAGUCAUCAACGCGUUUACACGUACAUACAGUCGAGGUUUUACAGAAGUCCAGAAGUGAUUCUUGGUCUUCCCUACGGCACACCGAUCGAUAUGUGGAGCCUGGGCUGUAUCUUGGCUGAGCUGUACACAGGAUACCCGCUAUUUCCGGGCGAGGACGAGAUAGAGCAGCUCGCCUGUAUCAUGGAGGUCCUUGGUCUGCCGCCAGAGCACAUUAUCAGUCAUGCGACUCGUCGCAGGCUCUUCUUCGAUCAGAAAGGGAGUCCGCGAUGUGUGACAAAUAGCAAAGGCAAAAAGAGAUGGGCAGGUAGCAAGAACCUCUCAAUGGCCCUUCGGUGCUCCGACAUGUUGUUCGUAAACUUCGUUAGCAGAUGCCUCGAGUGGGAUCCAAAGAAACGCAUGACCCCCGACGAGGCGAUGCGUCACGAGUGGCUAACUUCGUCGUCUUCUUCGCAUGUGAGCUCCUCCUCCUCGGCGAUAGCCUCGUCGACGGUGAAUGCGAGCGGGAACACGACGACGACGAGCGUCGAGACGUCGCGGGAGUCCGCGCAUGCACCGCAGACAGUGAGCGUGACCGUAAGCGCGCCGCGGCAACGAGCAACGACAAUGGAAGAUCCACCGUACACGAUGUACCGGCUUUACAAGGGUCGUAAGUAUGUUCAGAAGGUCUCGACCGGCACCGAUGGCACAGAUAACGGUGGUGGCCUGAUGGUAAAGAGCAAGUUGAACGGCAGCGCGAGCAGUCACGCCCUGGCAAGCAGCACACAGACAGCGACAUCGAGGCACGCGUCGACUGGUGAUAUCGUCGCGAGUCUGGAUCCGAAUCUCGAUGACUCAGGCACGUUCCUGCCGCCGAUAUUGUGAAGUCGGGUUUGCGCCAGCCACUUCUAAACGCGCUAUUCGCGCACUGAUGCGAUUAGCAGCCUCGUUCUUGCGACAUAUAGAUAUUGUUUGAUGUAUGUCAAGAGCAAACGUGAUUGAACAGACGGCGCGUGUAGAACUGGCUGGCCGAUUUCUGACAUUAGCGUUCCCCGAUGCCAAACGGGCUAGACACGUAGAGUCGCUAGUCUCGGCAUGUAUCGAGCUAUGAGGCCAAAAUGACGAUCUGACGAUGGGAGAAGAGCGCGCGGGCAUGCCGAAUGACGAGCAAUAUAGCGAUCGAUUUGCGCGUUUUCGGGGACACUCGAUGUCACUCAGGUAAACGUAACAAAUUUGCGCGCGCAUUAUCGUAGUUACUCGCGAACAACGUAAAUUUUGCUGCUCACAGCGAGGAUACUGGCAAUUGUUAAUGUAUACCGGUUACGUUUUAAUACGGACCAUCAUAUUUAGCUGAUUCGGAUGUUUAUCUCGCGCGAACGUAUGAAAUGCACGACGUAAUCGGGUGAUAAAAAAUCUCGGCCAUAGAUAUAAAAAAAUUACAAAGAGUAUUCGCAGGAUGCGUAGUUUGCCUUACUGACGAGCUCGCAAACAAUUUGCUAGACGUCGCUAGUAAAAAAAACUCGCGCGAGUAAAGACAAGGUAUAUUAUUAGCAUAUAAUAUACUUUAAAUAACUAUGCGAAUGUAAGCGAUACGAUGCAUAUAUAUCAUCGAUAUACAUAUGUAUCGUCGCGACAAUACGCGUAGAGAAGCGAAACAAAUGUCGACACAACGAUUCGUCCGACGUUGCAAUAAAAACGUCGGGAUCACCAUCGAAUUACGGUCGCGCCGAAGAUCUGUGAGUCGACCUGUGUCGCCAACACAGGGUCGCGAUUAAUAACGAAGCGUCAAGGCGAGGAGUAACAUUAAUACAUGAAGCAUGCCCCAGUUUAACGAGGCCUGAGUAGUCUUAUUGUGAUAUUAAACUACCACUGUCUUACUUAGAUCUCUCUGAUAUUAAGAAGUAACGAUCGCUAAUAUAAUAAUUUCAAUUUACUAUUAAUCAUUAUUUUCUUAUUAUAUCUGUAAUAAUCGCUAUAUCGCCACUAUUACCGUAAAGAUAUAGCUGCAUACGAAUAAUGAGGUUAUCGUCGAUAAUGGCAAAGUUAACAUUACUUACAUACGCGUAGGCAUGUACAGAUUUUAAUUGCGCGUCUUUUAAAUCCCAGGAACAGCAUGUAGCUAGUUCGCUUUAUAAAAUACAUAUACUUGAUAAAAAGAGGCCGAGGAUUUUUCAAUGAUUUCCUACAACGCUAU